CAGCAGCAGUACAAAAGAGUGAACAUUUCUGGUAGAAUACAGUCAGUCCAUUCUUGGACUAUUGUUAGCAGUUCUCAAUAAUUAGGUUAGGAUGGGAUGUGCUUCCCUGCUAGUUUUUUGUGUAGCAUUUGCAGUGUUGAAUUUCAAGCUUGGACAAACCCAAACUGAUGCUGACAGGAUCGCUGCAGUAGUAAAUGAAGCUCUGAGGUCUUUUUUGAAUGACGUUCAAGAAGACAUUAACUGCAUAAAAGUGAUUUGGCAAACCUCACAGUGGUGGUUAAUGAAAUUGUUCAAGAUUUAGAAGAACAUAAAAAUAACCCCGGAUCUAUAGUUCAUUCUUCUUUACCGCAGUAUAAUGUUGAUUGUUGCUCAGAGGAUGUUACUGUACUUGGUGAAAAAUUGAUGUGCUUCACUUUAAAAUGAAUGUAAAAAACAUGA